UAAUGUGUGACAAAAAAGAAAGUUUAUCGAGUUCAUAAACUCAUUUGAAAAUAGUAAUAGGAUGGCAUUAAGGUCUUUAUUAAACUAUGCUAAAACAAUUAUUAAAGACCCUAGAUGCAAAAUCGUCAAUUAUUGAGUUAAAUGGGUUAUUUAUGGAUUUUAAAGGAUUAUUAAAGAAAUUAUUUCCUGACGAGGAUAGGUACAUACAGGUCCCGGAACUAGGUCAAAGGGACGCGCACAGCCUUGUGUCGUCGUGGGCGGAGAAACGGAACCGGAAGUUGAUCCAGAUGGACAUCCUGCUGAGCACAUUCCGGAAGUGCCCGACACCGCUGUUCUUAAAACUGUCGUUUGACGCGCUCGUUCGACCCGCCGCCACGGACAGUACUGCAGACGACAGUCCAUACCUCAGUCGACUUCCUGUUCAGUCGUCUGGAGAAACUGCAUGGCCGGAUAUUGGUGUGUCGCGCCUUGGGAUAUUUUACCUUAGGUCAUAA